AACCUGGAAACGAUCGAGCGAUUACAAGCUUAGGUGAAUGGUCAAAGUCUUUUUGAGCAGGUGUGAGAUUUCUCGGUCAUCUUUUUUGGUGAGGAAAUUUUCUCGUCAAAAUCACUGAUCCCCGAGGAAAUUUUCCCUCUUUUCCCCGGAAUUUCUCCCGUUCAGAUCGGCGGCAGAGAACCCUAGGCCGAUCUUCAUUGUUUCCCGAUCUGAACAUGUCGAAAUCUCUUCCCUACUCAAUGAGAGAUGUUCAUUACGACAACGCCAAGUUUCGCCAUCGAUCUCCCUUGAAGGUCCUUUCGCAAAGCUUGCUCACCCUUAACACAAAACGCAACUGUGCAAGCUGUAGUACGGGGAAGUUUCUUAUAUUAAUACUGGUCUUUGGAUUAGCAUGUCUUAUGUUGGUAAGUAAAGGUCCGGAUGAUUCUGCUCUGGAUGAGCAUGGGAAAGGAAAGGUCACUUUUGUCAAAGGCCUCAGGCUAGGGAAGCUUUUGAGAAGGGCUCCCAGGAUUCCACCUCGGUUAUCACCUGAUGAAGGACGAUUGAGUGGUAGUUCUAUUAAUGGGUCUAAGGUUUCUGAUUCUGAUCCAAAAUGGAGAGCCAGACAGCAAAGCGUGAAGGAUGCUUUUAUCCAUGCAUGGUCUGGCUAUAAAAAGUUUGCCAUGGGAUAUGAUGAGCUUAUGCCGGUUAGCCAGCAUGGAGUAGAUGGCCUAGGAGGGCUUGGUGCUACUGUGGUGGAUGCCCUUGAUACAGCCAUGAUAAUGGGUCUCGAUGAUGUUGUUUCCGAAGCGGGAUCAUGGGUGGAGACCCAUCUCUUAGAAAGAAUUAAGAAAAAGGGUCAGGUUAACCUAUUUGAAACUACUAUACGUGUUCUUGGCGGCCUUUUAAGCGCAUACCAUUUCAGUGGAGGAGAGCAAGGGAUGAACUCGACGCAUAAUGGACCGAAACCAGUUGUCUAUCUAGAUGUUGCCAAAGAUUUGGCUGAUCGUUUACUAUCAGCUUUUAUUUCCAGCCCAACACCAGUUCCCUUUAGUGAUGUUGUACUGCAUGACUCGUCAGCACAUCCUGCUCCUGGGGGACUAAGCAGUACAGCAGAAGUGUCCACUUUACAGCUUGAGUUUAAUUACCUCAGUGAGAUUUCUGGUGAUCCAAAAUAUAGUACCGAGGCGAUGAAGGUUCUAUCUCAUAUAAAAACCCUUCCAAAGACAGAAGGUCUUGUUCCAAUCUAUAUCAGUCCUGAUUCUGGAGCAUUCAGUGGAGAGAAUAUCAGGCUGGGUUCCCGUGGUGAUAGCUACUAUGAGUAUUUAAUUAAAGUGUGGCUUCAGCAAGGAGCCAAGCAGAACAGUAAUUUGACAUAUUUGCAUGACAUGUACAUAGAGGCAAUGAAAGGAGUCAGGCAUUUGCUCGUGCGCAAAUCAAUUCCAAACGGCCUGGUCUUUGUUGGGGAAUUACCUUACGGAUCUCAGAGUGACUUCAGUCCAAAAAUGGAUCAUUUGGUAUGCUUCUUGCCCGGGACCCUUGCUCUUGGUGCUACCAAGGGCAUCACAAGGGAAAAGGCUCUGAAGGAAAAUCUUUUGACCUUCGAAGACAUGGAAAACUUGAAGCUUGCAGAAGAUUUAGCAAAAACAUGCUUUGAGAUGUAUGAAGUGACUGCCACUGGCCUUGCUCCAGAAAUAGCUUACUUUCAUACUGAGGACUAUUCUGAAGACGGGCUUGGUGGUGGGAACAAGAGUUCCAUGUAUGCAAAUGACAUAAUCAUAAAGCAAGCUGAUCGGCACAAUCUGCUGCGUCCUGAAACCGUUGAAUCACUGUUUGUCCUUUAUCGAAUCACACAAGACCCAAAAUACCGAGAGCAAGGCUGGCAGAUCUUUGAAGCGUUUGAGAAAUAUACAAAGGUUGAUUCCGGUGGAUACACGUCAUUGGAUGAUGUCACCACAGUGCCUCCUCACCGGAGGGAUAAGAUGGAGACGUUCUUCCUCGGGGAAACCCUGAAAUACUUAUACUUGCUCUUUGGAGAUAGCUCUGUAAUACCAUUGGAUAAGUUUGUUUUCAACACUGAGGCUCAUCCAUUGCCGGUAAGAAACACGGACUAGGGGGAGGGGGUUCACCAUUUUCACUGUACCUGCCCCGAGCGAAGAAGACUGUUGAAGCUGCUUUCGAAAGAGAAUCUUGGAGAAGGCGGCGGAUGGGAGAGGGUUCGGGGCUUCAGGGUAUUCGGAAAACGGGUUAUUUCCCUCGAGAAGGUACCUGCUUUUUUCACAUCUGAUAUACUCGACGUCGAUACCAGAGGUUGGUUUCUAAAGGGUUUCUGUCUGAGAGCAGCGGCCUCAUCAUAGUAAGAAGAUUAUGGAUCUGUAGAUACUAAAUAGUGUUUGUGUUCCUAGUGGAUUUUCUCCAUUUGGGGGGUACCCUUUGUUCAUGGAGAUAUUCCCCUUUUAAGUGUAGUGUGAAGCUUUAGAGUUCAAUCCUGACCAGAGUUAGCUUUUUUUUUCCCCUGCUGAAUGCCUUUUUUUUUUUUUGAACUAAAAAUGCUGUUCAUGAUCAAACCCUUGCAUAUCUUGUUCAUUGGGAAGCUAAUUUCUCUAUUUUUCGUUAACAAUUACA